UUUGUUUUUUGCGCGUCUUGCUUUGGUUUACGUGGAGCAGCAGAGUCUUGUCCUCCCUUUUGCCGUAGUGGCGUUCUUGUUUCUGUUUACGGUUUAAGCGUCCUUUACGAUAUGCAGAAAAAUACUUCUAUCCUCAAAUCUCCUUGAAGAAGGAUUAGAUUGACAAUUUUUUUCUGAGCAGUCUCGGUCUAUCCCUGAGCAAGAAAGGAGAAAGUGAAAUGGAAGUUCUGCGGCCACAGAUUAUAACAAUUGAUGGCAGAAAUUAUAGGAAGAACCCUAUCCAAGAAAAAACCUACCAACAUGAAGAAGAUGAAGAGGAUUUCUAUCAAGACUCCAUGGAGGGCGCUGAUGAGCCCUGUGAUGCCUACGAGGUGGAGCAGACCCCGCAGGGCUUCCGGUCCACAGUGAGUGCCCCCAGCCUGCUCUACAAGCAUAUAGUUGGAAAGAGAGGGGAUACCAGAAAGAAAAUAGAGAUGGAGACCAAAACUUCUAUUACCAUUCCUAAACCUGGACAAGAUGGAGAAAUUGUCAUCACUGGCCAGCAUCGAAAUGGUGUAAUUUCAGCCCGAACUCGGAUUGAUGUACUCUUGGACACUUUUAGAAGAAAGCAACCCUUCACUCACUUCCUUGCAUUUUUCCUCAAUGAGGUCGAGGUUCAGGAAGGCUUUCUGAAGUUCCAGGAGGAAGUACUUGCAAAGUGCUCUGCGGAUCGGGGAGUCGACAGCUCCGUUUUCCAGAAUCCCAAAAAGCUUCACCUCACGAUUGGGAUGUUGGUGCUUCUGAGUGAGCAAGAGAUCCAGCAGACUUGUGAGCUGCUCCAGCGCUGUAAGGAGGAAUUCAUUAAUGACAUUACGGGGGGCAAACCCCUGGAAGUGGAGAUGGCAGGGAUAGAGUACAUGAACGAUGACCCCGGGAUGGUGGACGUGCUUUACGCCAAAGUCCACAUGAAAGAUGGUUCCAACAGGCUGCAGGAAUUGGUGAAUCGAGUGCUGGAACGCUUUCAGGCAGCUGGACUAAUAGUGAAAGAAUGGAACAGUGUGAAACUGCAUGGCACAGUCAUGAACACGCUAUUCAGGAAAGACCCCGAUGCUGAAGGCAGGUACAAUCUCUACACCCCAGAUGGCAAAUAUAUCUUCAAGGAAAGAGAAUCAUUUGAUGGCCGAAACAUUUUAAAGUUGUUUGAGAACUUCCACUUUGGCUCUCUGAAGCUCAGUUCCAUCCACAUCUCUCAGCGGUUCACCGUGGACAGCUUUGGGAACUACGCCUCCUGCGGACACAUUGACUUCUCCUGAGGAGGACCCUCACGAGGGUGGCUGGAAAGAAACGAUGGCCUCCGCAGGACUGCGCAGAAAGCUCUAGAAGAAUGUGAGCUGCUCGGCCCUCGGUCUCCACUCCCCCUCCUCCUCCUCCUCCUCCUCCUCCUCCUCCUCCUCCUCCUCCUCCUCCCGCACUCCUCUUCUGCCUGUUCCUCCGGCCUCCUUCUCAGCUCGACUCUGCCUUUCUCUUCUUGACUUUCCCUGAACCUGAACUUAGCAACUUAGGCUGCUGAGUUGCGAGGACGGUGCCUGGCAUCCAGGGAGACCACACAGACCACUGGUGAAUAAAUGCAUUUCCACAGCA